CCUGUCGUCCGGCCCUGACCCGACCGGCCGAGCCCGAAGACCUCAUCGUCCUCGUCCCCUCCCACCUCUCCUUUUUUCCGCCUCGCGCCCGCCUCCGUCCACGCCGCCGCCUCCGCAGCAGCCCUGUCGCCGGGGUGACCUCGGUGCGGCGGCGUUGCGUCCGGACCUCUCUCCGGGGAAGGCGAGGCAGGACGGGUCAUCAUUUGCCGUAGGGGCGGAGGUCGCGUCGGGGGGAGGGUGCUCUAGGGUUUCCUGCCUCUGCGGCGGGCGGCAUGUACGUGCCACGGCCCUCCCGCUCCGAUGGCAGCCGAGACGCCGGCGAGCAGCCUAGGGUUUACCAGGUUUGGCGCGGAAACAACGAAUUCUUCUUGCAAGGGAGGCUUAUAUUUGGGCCUGAUGCGAGAUCCAUAUUUCUUACUAUGUCCCUCAUCUUUGUACCAGUGGUGGUGUUCUGUGUGUUUGUCGCCAGACACCUCAUAAAUGACUUUCCUGAUCACUGUGGUAUCUCAGUGAUGGUAGUGGUAGUUGUCUUCACCGUCUAUGAUUUGACGCUACUUCUUCUUACAUCUGGUAGAGACCCUGGAAUAAUACCUCGCAAUACUCACCCUCCUGAACCUGAAAGCAUCUAUGGGAGCAAUUACAUUAGAGGUCAAACACCGCUCCGUUUGCCUCGGACGAGGGAUGUUGUUGUAAACGGAAUUAGUGUGAAGGUUAAGUAUUGUGACACCUGCUUGCUUUACCGACCACCUCGAUGCUCACACUGUUCUAUUUGCAAUAACUGCGUGGAACGGUUUGAUCAUCAUUGCCCAUGGGUUGGCCAAUGCAUUGGGCAGCGUAAUUAUCGGUUCUUCUACAUGUUUGUAUUCUCCACCAUGUUAAUCUGCCUCUACGUAUUUGCCUUCUGUUGGGUGUACAUAAUCAAGAUUAGUGAUGCUGAGCAUUUGUCAAUUGGGAGGGCAAUGUUAAAGACACCAGCCUCAAUUGUUCUGAUUGUCUACUGUUUUCUUUGUGUGUGGUUUGUUGGUGGUCUGUCUGUCUUCCAUUUCUAUCUGAUGAGCACAAACCAGACAACUUAUGAAAAUUUCAGAUACCGCUAUGAUCGGCUGGCUAACCCCUAUAACAGAGGUAUUCUGAACAACAUUCUAGAGAUAUUCUGCAGCUCUAUUCCUCCUUCAAAGAACAAUUUUCGUGCAAGAGUCACGGUAGAGCAAGGUGUAGAACAAGCACGAUCUUCAUCUAGGGGUUCCAUGAGCCCCAACAUGGGCAAGGCUGUUGGAGAUCUUGAAAUGGGCAAGAAGCCAGCGCCUUGGGAUGAACCCAGGACGACAGCCGAUAUUGGCGACUUGGAAGUAGGUCUUGGUGGCAUGUUGGAUGAGAAAGAGGGCAGAGUAACCCAUGCAUCCCCAGAUGUUAGCCGAGAUGAACUUUCCGCGGAGCUUGUGGAAGGCCGAGCAGGCAUGCAUUCAAGGCAUUCAAGCUGGGAUCCUAGAGCUGAAACCUCGGAGUCAGUGAACGGCAAUUCUGUGCAAACAGCCCCUACCGAGGAGGCUAAUGGGGGCGGCCAUGUUACUACGAGCGGUGUGCACUAGCAAGCACAAACGGAAUGCUACAGACGAACACUUGAGCUCUGCGUUGCAGUGCGCCAUCGAUCAUGUUCUGAAUGGAGCAUCAUGUGUAUACCAGUUGUGGCAGGAUAAGGUCCUGGACGUGUGUAAUUCAGAACAGACUUCCCGGCGGUGCAUCAGACCGUCCAAGCUUGUGUUGUUGUGUGUGUUUGUUGUGUCGAGAAAGUGGCCUAUAAUAGCUCAAGCUCCCACCCUUCCCGGGUUUGGGUUGAUGUUGUAUCUGCAAUGCAAUUGUGUGUGUGUAUAUAUAUACAAAUUAUGGGACAGUUUGUUUUCUCAGGAGGUGAGGCAUAUUUAAUCAAGAUUUAUUAUCUCGGAGUGUAA